AUGGAACAGAAAGCCAGAGCAUCCCAAAUGAAAGGAAAAGGAAAGGGUACCCACUGGCGGUACCGUGAAAUCCAAGAUUUGCUUGUUAUCUGGGGGGAGAAAAAGGUUCAGGAUGCACUGAAAGCGGUCCAUAAAAACUUAGAUGUGUUUGAAGGAAUAGCAGAACAGAUGCGGGACAGGGGCCACAGUCGGACUGCUGAGGAGUGCCGCAACAAAACGAAGGCAAUGAGGUUCGAGUACAAGAGGGUACAGGCGCAUAACGAAUGCUCGGGAAACGCUCCUAAAACAUGUGCAUUUUACGCCGAGCUAGAAAACAUUCUCAAAGGAGAUGCAAGCACCGACUUUCCCAGGCUCUCAAGAAGUUGGCCAGUCCGAAGAGAGGAACGUCCUCUGACCCAGAAUCUGGAUGCAACCAUUUUGGAAGAGACAUGUUCCCGGGAGUCAGUCCUGGAUGCACAAGCUUCUGGUCCUUCAGUGAUUACUGUGGAAGGAACGGAAGGCAAUGAGGAAGAUUCCUUAUUACUUCUCCUUGAGGAAGCAAAUGGAGAGGUUUUGGAACCGGUGAAUGUCCAUGCUCCACCGGCCCUUGUGGGAUCGCCUUCAGUGACACCCAUAACAACCGAAGCAGAAGAUGAGGGAGAACCAGAGACCCCAAACCAAAACCAGCAGUCACUUAAACAAGAAAGAGAAGACCCCCUGGUCAAGGCAGGACUAUCCCCUGGCACACGUGUACGGACUCAAAGGACCAGAAGACGAGGUCGGCGGGGUGAAAAUAUCGCCAUGGCAAUCAUGCAGAAUGCGAACGAGCAGGCCCGACUGCAGCGCGAAGCCAUGCGCGAGGACACCUCCCAGGACAGGCAGAUCCUUCUGAGCUUUUUUCACUACUUUGAGGAGGAGAGUAGAGCGUCCCAACAGAGGUUCGACACAAUAGAGAAACUGAUACGGGACGUUUUGGAACGACCCCGAGCGGAGAAGCUGUGUUGCACGCAUUGCACAACUUGCUGCAACGCAGCGGCAGUGCAAGAGCAACAGGAUCCUGAAGCGAGACCUAGGAUUCCACCACUCAGCCAGACUGACAUUGACAUGGCCAGUACUAGUGCGGCUCGCCAUGUGCAACCACUCCCUGAUAGUUUUGGGCGAGUGAGCCUAGGAGAGACUUCCCCCAUCAACAACCCUGUCUCAGCAUACAUUAUGGAACUUGCACACUCAUCUAGCCAGCUGGCUGAGGCACAGAGAGAGCUGUCUGAGGACACAGAGGGGACAAGAAAGAGUGAAAGGGAGAGGAAGAGGAAGAAACCAUACAGCCCGUAGUUAUUUGUAUUUACUUUACUAGCAUGUGUUUUGUAUUUCCUGAUUGGUUACUUUUGCAGGCAGACAUAUGAAGCUCCAAACAUGA